AUGCAUCCAACACCGGAGAAAUUCCGUAAAUUUCUCGCUGGACUUCUAGCAAGCGAGAUCCUGGACCCAAUUGAAUGUACCAAUUGGGAGGAAGAUGGGCUCAAGUUGGUUAGCACAUUCAUUACUUCACCUCUUCCCUUAGCACUAUACGUUUCAAUAACAGAGAAUAAUUACGCGUUAUCAUUCGAGUUUCCCACAAAGCUGCGACAAUCCGAACAUGUCCUCGUUCUCUCUAAAUUGGAGGCUCCGAUAUUUGACUCCAGAACUCUUUUGUCCCAAAUAAAUGUAGUAAACUUACCUGGAACCCAAAGAAAUGAAUACGAGGAGACGUCCAAGCAAGCUCUCGACCAGAUACAAAAUAUCAUCUCAUCUGCUGUGGUUCCCUACUUUGAUCUUACCUCUCAAAGUGAACAAAAAGACGCUGCCAGAACCUCAUCUUUGUUGUCUGUAGAUGCUAAAAAGAAGUUCAACGAACUCGCUACUUCGCUCGCUUACCUAAGACAGCGUGUCCAGGUCCCAGAUCUAUUAUCUCUGGUGCCCGAGUAUUUACGGGUCAUUCUACAGAAGCUGCAAGCGGCAGAGGACACGAGCAUUACUUCAGACACCGAGCUCCUAAAUCAGUUAACUGGGAUCGUAAACGGCUGGAUCCGUCAGAUCCAAUCUAUUACUCUGAUUACAAAAGCAAAUUCAGAGGAUGUUUCUAUGCUAGACGAAAUUCAGCUUUGUAAGUCUUUGGAAGAGAGCAUGGUAUCACUCCAGAGCCAAUUGAAGCAGAAGGAAGUGACAACUGCUCUCGCGAUUCUCAAUGCUGCUAAGCGCUUUCAAGUGUCACUCUCAUUUUUUAACGAUCUAAACAUUGAAAGCUCUUUGGCCGAAAUAAGGUCCUUCAAUGCCUUAUUGAAGGACUUGCCAGUCGAUCUCAUAAUGUACAAUAAAGGUGAUUCGUUGGAUUAUCCUCAAUUCGAAGCAAAUGUUGAUUUUGUAUUUGAUCAAUUGAAAAAAUGGAAAAAUUCUCUUUCACUUCCUCUAUCUCGCAUGAUUAAUUUGAUCGAACAAAUCGUCAUUGCGUUGGUAGACUACUUUGCUCAUAUUUUGGCUUCUCUCGAUCUCUUCAUCAUAUCCCUGGAGGAAUUUGAUCAGUAUUAUAAUACUAUGAUGACACCAAUGUUCUCAAAAAUCGAGAGCAAUGUGAAAUACAUGGAAAAUCUUCUUCGUGAGCUCUUGCGUAAAAGGGCAGAGACAUUCUUUAUCAUAAAGAUUGAUCUAACAGUCCUAAAUAAUCUAAAGGAGAGAGCCACUGCAGUCCAAGAAAUUCGCAAAAACUAUAUCCAGUUGAAGGCUACUCUUCAUACUCUCCCCAAUGCCGACGACCUCAUCGCUGAGCUAGCUAAUGCAUAUUCUAGGUAUUGCUCUGCGUCAACAGCUUUUGAGUUUACAAAACAAGGCUAUGCCAUAUGGUCUCUAGAUCAAAAUUCAUACAUACAAUUCUGUGAGUCUCUAAAAUCUCAACUCUCUGCUUUUAUUCGCCAAGGCUUUGAAGGCUGCAUGGAUAUUAAAGACUACAGUGAUUUCUUGAACUCGUUCAUCAUCUCAAAGGAUUCAACUUUACAUUUGAUAACAGCUUUGAUAGAUGAUGACCAGAAAAUGAGAAUACUUGAAUGUGCAAGUUCAGAAAUCCGACUGCUACUCUCUUCCACUGCAUCUAUAACAAUACCAGAGAAGACAGAUGGAUCAAACAUUUACAAGGAAAUUGAACUAGAGUUAAUGACUCUGGCAAAAGUCCUGUUUUAUGUAAACUUUCUAGAGACUGUACUUGGAACUUCAUGGGCUAAGUUUUCUCUAGGAACCCAAAUAAGUGAAUUGUUGAAAACUUUGUCAUCCGACAAAAAACUACAGACUCUCGCUGCGAAAUGGGUGCGGAAUGCUAAUGAAAUUGAAUCUUUGUUUAGCCUCCCAUUGCCAAUACUACGUGUCGAGAAUGUAGGCAUAGAAGGCACACAAAUUUCCUUGAAUGAUCAGACAAAUUUGACACUACUACUCUCAGAAGCCCAAAGUCUUAUCGCAAUUGAUUGCGAAAUGCCUGUUGCCUUGAUUUCGUGUUUCAACAGACUUUCAGGAUUUGAAGAAAUCUUGGUCAACUUGAAAGAGCACUUGGAGCUAUUGCGACUGAUAUUCGAAAGUAUGGCCGGAGAGCUCUUUUGUGGCAAUCCCAUUGAGAUUUACUUUGAAAAAAGGAUCUCGCUUUGUUUAGUUUCCCUCAAGAAACUUCACGAGAUAUCAUGGAAAGACUUGCUCCAACAAUCUAGCACGGAAGAACCUUCAGCUCUCACAAGUGGUCAAAGAAAAAAUGAUCCAGUGCAGCUGAUUCUAGAUUUUCAGGAUAAUGUUUGGGUCUUUAAUGCUGAAUUGAACCAUUUUCUUAGAUCGGCAAAUGAAUUGAACAUUGCAAUUGAUUCUCAAGAUUUUACUUCCGAAAAUGCUCUGCAACAAAUCGAGAAAUACAAUUCCAUUGCAAGAGGAGAAAUCAAGCGAUUGCAACUCUCCGACUAUAGCAAUAUGAAUGGGUUUGUCCUCUCAAUGAACCAACGCUUCGCCGACAAAAUGGGAUUAACUAUGCAAGACCGACUUCAGAGUUUUAUCAAAAACUUGUCAGAGCGAAGUGCAAGUAACUUAGAGCCCGCUUUCAGGCAUGAUUUAUUUUUCGAUGGAGAACUCAUUGAGCUCAAACCUCCAUUGAGAGGAUCCAAAGAAUUGGCCGUUGCACAUCUUGAAAAGAUCAUACGCGAGUUUUGCUCAAUUGAAGUGCCUUCAAUCGGAGCUGAAAGCGAAUAUUUCGUCGACUAUAUUGCUGAUUCACUACAAGUUAGGAUAUGUACUUCAUUGAAUGAGUUGGAUGAGAUGUUCGCCAUGGGCUUAUCGUAUUGGUCAAAAUGGACUAACUUCUUCGAUGACGUACACAAAAAUCCUGACGAGAUAUUUUCGUUUGAUGAGUUUUCUAUCGAGAAUUUACAUAGCUGGCUCAAUACUUCAAAACGGGUUUUGGCAUACAGCAGCCUUUUGGAGUCAUCUGAUGGAGUUUACGACGUUUACAAUUUCAUUCGGUUCCAAUUCAAGGAUGUGCAAUCACAUCUCAUUUUCAAAUAUGAAGAGUUUAAGAAGAAUAUUUUGCAGGAAUUUCUGUCUCAAGUCCAACGUUAUAGUGACUCUGUUUUUCAAAGCAUUGUUGCGAUUGAGAGGUCAAAUUCUGAGGUCCUAGAUAUAAACUUUGAGACAGAUAAAUUCUUCAAACGACUCCUGGAUUACUUCAAUCUUGAGAGUUCCAUCUCCAAUUUGAAUCAGUUCAUUCUUGGUCACCAUCAAUGUCAAGUCUUAUUAAAAAGAACUGGACACAAAUUCGAUCAAAAUUGGAUCUACACUGAACAACUUGAAAACAAACUUGCAAAUAUUAGGACCAUUGCCUCAUUAUGUGACACUUUUGUUCAGUCCCACUUUGGAUUGAUAAGAAUCAAAAUUGAAGAACAGCACAAAAAUAUAAAAGACGCCCUUGAAUCGUUUGAAAUUGACUGGGGUAAGAAAAAACCAAUAUCGCAAGAUCUUGAACCUUUCUCUGCUUUAUCGGUGUUAACUAAGUUUCAGUCCUCACUUGAAAGCCUCAACAAACGACACCACGAACUAUUGAGCGUUUCAACAAAAUUCGAUUUGUCUUUAUCUCCCCUAGAGACAGAAGAUUUAGCUCAUGAAAUUCAAGUCCUCCAGAGCAUUUGGUCAGAGUUACAUGGGGUAUGGGAUGUUCUUGUUUCUGUGCAAAAGCUAUCGUGGGACAAAGUGAAUCUACACACAAUGAGGUCAGAACUUCAAGAUGCUUUGCUCAAAUUGAAAUCUUGUUCCCAACAAGUCAAAGCAUAUUCAGCAUUUACUUCGUUGGAACACCAGAUAAAUGACUUACUGAUGAGGAUGCCUCUCGUGAUCGAAUUGAAAAGUGAAGCUAUGGAAAGAAGGCAUUGGAAGAAAUUAUUUCAAAUGUUGGCUUCACGUGAACUUGACUACGAAUCUAUGACUGUAGGUGAUGUUCUCAGCUUGAAUUUUCUGUCUUAUGAGUCUUCGAUACGUGGAAUCUUGGAGCAAGCGCUUGGCGAAAAAUUGAUCGAAGAUAACCUUCGGGCCCUUUCAGACAACUGGUCUCACAUUGUUUUUGAAAGCUACGAAUUUGAGAAGAAGUGCCGCCUCAUUCGUAAUUGGAAGACUCUAUUCGAAGAAUGCCUGACAUGCCUCUCAACCUUAGUCAGCAUGAAAAGCUCGCCAUAUUGCAAGCCAUUUGAGAGCAACAGAGAGGCCCUUGAAACACAAAUCAAUGACUUGUAUGUUAUUCUCUCGACUUGGGUUGAUGUUCAGUCCCAUUGGAUUUACUUAUAUGGCGUUUUCGGAUCUAAUACUGAGAUCAAAUCAUCGCUUCCAUUAGAAUCGACCAGAUUUCACAACGUCUCUUUAGAAUUUCUAUCGCUUAUGAAGCGAGUGCUAAGUUUCGAACUUGUGAUCGAUGUUACUAAGAUGAAAAACAUAGGUGAAACUCUACAAAAGCUAUUCGACUCAUUGAAAAGCACAAAACGAGGACUCUUUGACUAUUUAGAUACCCAAAGGGACCGAUUUCCCAGAUUCUAUUUCAUUGGAAACGAUGAUCUUCUUGAACUUCUCGGCUGUUCAACUCAACUAUCCCUCAUUAACAAACACAUUGGUCUGAUGUUUGCUGGCGUCGGUUCGAUAAUACUUGAAGAGUCUACCACUAAUGUCAUUGCUGUGAUGAGCCCUCAGGGCGAAGUUCUUAGCCUAAGACAGCCACUACUACUCAAAAAUUCGGACUCGUUUACAGAGUGGAUGACGGCCUUCGAGAUGGAACUCAAGCUUUCCGUGGCAAAUGAAAUAAAGAACUGUGUUUAUUCCGUGAAGUCUUUUGAUUUUUCCUCUGAAACUGUUCAAUCUUUUACUCAGUUCCUCACAAAUUGCCCAAUUCAAGCUGUUGUAGUAGCAUUUCAAACUCGGUUUUCUUCAGCGAUCACUGAAUCCACUACAAAAAAUCAUAAAUUAACAUAUGAUAAACAGGUGAAUGCAGCUUUGGAGUUGUUGCAACAACUCAUUGCGGCAACAACAGACAAGCUCACAUAUUUGAAAGCACUGUCAUUAAUAAUAGAACUUCUACAUCACAAAAGCGUCCUCAGCGAAUUGAAAGGUGCUGAUGAUCAAUUCAGAUCCCUUAUUGUUCAAAAGCAGCAAAUGUAUAUCUUACAAUUGGAUGAGCCGAACCCACUCGAUCAAUUGGUAGUUCAGCAAGGAAGAUCUCGAUUUAGCUACGGAUUUGAAUACCAAGGAGUUAUGGAACGUCUCGCGAUUACACCUUUGGUACAAAAUUGCUUCUUGUCGAUGUCACAAGCAAUGUCGCAAAAGAUGGGCGGAUCUCCUUUUGGUCCCGCAGGUACAGGCAAAACUGAGUGUGUCAAAGCUCUUGGUAACAACCUAGGCCGCAUGGUGUUAAUUUUUUGCUGUGACGAGACUUUUGAUUAUCAGUCUAUGGGGAGAUUAAUGCUUGGAAUUUGUAAAGUUGGCUGUUGGGGUUGUUUUGAUGAAUUUAAUCGUUUAGACACCAAGAUUCUCAGCGCAAUAUCCUCUUUUAUAGAAAAGAUUGGUAGCGGCCUCAGAAACCCUGAGAUCCUGAUUGAACUCAACAAUAACUUGCUCAAUGUUCAUCCUGAGACGGGAAUCUUUGUCACAAUGAACCCAACUUACGCUGGUAGGCACGAGUUGCCCGAGAAUCUUAAAAAGAUGUUCAGAGCAUUCUCAAUGGAUACCCCGGAUGCCACGUUUAUUGCACGCACACUCUUGGAAGCACAAGGCUUCGGCACGGCGAAGGAUUUGUCUGCCAAAUUGGUGAAUCUUUUCUCCCUUCUUUCGUCAAAAAUUAAGAAACAGAUCCAUUAUGAUUUUGGUCUCAGAGCAUUGAAAUCAGUCUUGAAUGCUUGUGGAUCAAUUAAGAGAGCUACUUCUGAGCCUUGCUCCGAGGUUUCGUUCAUGCUCCAGGCUAUCAAAUUGAUGAUAGCUCCUAAAUUAAUCCAGGAAGAUAAUGAAUUGCUUGAAAUUUUCAUGUUUGAAAUCUUCGGCGAAGAUGAUAACAAAAAUAUUCAAGACGAUCAGUUCAAGAACAUACUUGCGACAGAAGCCAAUUUGCAAGGCAUCACUCCGACAGAUCAAUUGUUAACGAAAGCAAUGCAAAUCGCGCAAAUUCUGAAAGCAUGCCAUGGAUUCAUGAUUUUAGGAGAUGCCGGAUGCGGAAAAUCCACGUUGAUUUCGUUGACGCAGCGUGUCUUGUCUCGACUUGAAAACACAGAAUUCAAGAGCAUCACAAUAGAUGGCAAGUCGUUGUCGAAAGAAACCUUAUUUGGGUCUUUCGACCCUUCAACCCGUGAAUGGACUGACGGACUUUUUUCCAAAAUUAUCAGACAGGUCAUUCACAAUGUUCAAGGAGAGGUCAACAGACAUGUGUGGAUCGUGUUCGAUGGUGACAUCGAUCCUGAAUGGGCUGAAAAUCUCAACAGUGUUCUAGAUGAUAAUAAGGUCUUAACUUUACCAAAUGGCGAGCGAUUGAAGUUACCUCCAUAUGUGCGCAUUAUCUUUGAAGUUAACAAUCUAGCCUCAGCCACCCCCGCCACCAUUACAAGAUGCGGAAUGGUGUGGAUAGAUAAAGCACUCGUGAAACCAGAAUGCUUGGUAAGAAAGCUUGCGUUCGAUUUCAAGACUCGUAAAAUCGAGAGGUUUGACGGGAUGGAAGACAUAAUGCAGAGACAAGCAGUAAAAAUGUUCUACGAGAAAUUGUUCAACAAAGUUUUGGAUGUAAUGGAUGAUGAAUUCUCAAACAAAUUGAGUUGUGAGAGUUCAAAACUAUCGCACAUCAUGCCCUUUCUGCAAAACCGAGCACUCGCAUCUUUAUUCUCUUACCUUGCAGUUUAUUGUGAAAGAGUUGAAAGUAUUAAUUCGUUUGACUACUCGCUUUCUUGUGGUGACGAUAUCAUAUCAAAAGCUCUUCUUCUCUCAAUCGCUUGGGCUUACUCUGGAGAUUGCAAAAUUCAUGAAACCUUCCUCUUCGCCAAGUUUUUGGUCAGCCAGACCCCUUUUAUUGAGCUUGAAGCGCCAGAUAAUAUCAUGCAAUACCAUUUCUUCAAUAAUAGUUUUGAAUGGCAGCCUUGGAGCGACAGUGUCAAUUGUGUUGAUUUAGAGCCUCAGCAGGUCCUCGAUACUUCGCUUGUUGUUCCGACAAUCGAUACUACUGUCCACGAGUCUAUCAUUCGUGGAAUUCUCAACCAGCAUAAGCCACUUAUUCUAUGUGGCCCGCCAGGUUCAGGUAAGACCAUGAGGCUAUUUAGGACACUCAGAGACCUGCCCGAUUUCGAUUUUGUUUCGCUAAAUUUUUCAAAAGACACAUCAGCUGAAACUCUCAUCACGACAUUGGAACAACAUUGCGAGUAUAAAAAUACCAUCUCAGGCUCCGUCCUAGCUCCAAAAAUUGAAGGCAAAUGGUUGAUUCUUUUCUGUGAUGAGAUCAAUUUACCCGCAGUCGAUCAAUAUGGCUCUCAGAGAACCAUUAAUUUCCUUCGGCAGCUUGUGGAAAAGUCUGGGUUCUGGCGUGCCCUGGAUCUAACGUGGGUGCUGGUGGAAAAUGUUCAGAUUGUGGGGGCUUGCAACGAUCCAAAUGAUCCUGGCAGAAAUGCAAUGUCGGACCGGUUUUUGAGACACAUCUCUCUACUCAUGAUUGAUCAUCCAAGUGAGACUGGAAUGGAGCAGAUUUAUUCGGUUUUUAAUUCUGCUGUCUUGAAAUGUGCACCGAGCUUGAAGCAUUAUGCUACACCCUUGACAAGAGCCAUGCUUGAAGUUUACGGAGAAAUGAGAGGCAAAUUGACCGUUGAGUUGAAAGCACACUACAUCUAUUCGCCCAGAGAGCUUACUCGGUGGUGUCGUGGAAUCCUUCUGGCUCUAUUAUCGACAAGCUAUGAACGCAUCCAAGACUUCCUUCAAAUUUGGAUUCAUGAAGCACUACGUUUAUUCUUCGAUCGAAUUGUUGAUGAUGACAGCAAGAAAUGGUGCGUGCAAAUGAUUGAAAGGGUAGCAAGGAGGCAUUUCCCGAUCCCAAACUUCGAGUCUGUUUUGUCACGUCCACUUUUGUUUACAAGUUGGCUAACCGGAAAAUACCAGUUGGUUGAAAAAGAAUCACUCAUAAAAUUUCUUCGUGGAAGAUUGAAAGUUUUCUGUGAGGAAGAAAUCAAUACGCAAGUGGUUUUGUAUGAUGAAUUGCUAGAUCACGUUUUGAGGAUCGAUAGAGUUUUGAAACAAUCACAGGGGCAUAUGAUGCUAGUAGGAACCAGUGCGAGCGGAAAGAGCACUUUGGUGAAGUUUGUUUCCUGGAUGAAUGGUUUCAAGCUAGUACAGCUACGUGUACACAGUGGAUACACAGUGGAUGAAUUCGAGGCCACUCUAAGAAAAGUUCUUGUCUCGUGUGUAAAAGGCACAAAAAUCUGCUUCUUAAUCGAUGAAUCAUGCAUUCUCGAAUCAUCAUUCAUAGAGCGCAUGAAUUCUCUUCUCGCUAACUCCGAAAUCCCAGGAUUAUUUGAAGGAGAGUACUUCGACAGUCUACUCAAUGUUUGUGCCGCUGAGUCGGCGUCACAAGGUCUUCUUCUUGAAUCACCAGCUGAGCUCAACGAGUGGUUCAAAAAACAGGUUACUGCACAUCUCCAUGUUGUAUUUACAGUGUGUGAUAUUUACUCAGAAAAGAACGCCCUGUUGCAGUCUUCACCUGCGCUAUUCAAUAGAUGUGUCAUCAACUGGAUGGGGAACUGGUCGAUGAAAACACUCGGAGAAGUAGCAGAGGCCUUACUUGCGAAAGUUCCCAUGGACCAAUCUGACUAUUCAAAACCAAAACAAUCAUCUGUCACCGUCAAAGAUGUUCGCAGCUUCCGGGAUGCAAUUGUGGAGUCCGCUGUUAGAGUACACUCUUCAGUUGCGUCUUGGACACAUCUUCAGUAUCCAAGUAUUUUCUUGAGGUUUUUAAAAGUUAUGGCAGAUCUUCUUAAUGAGAAAGAGAGAGAUUUGGAAACGAAUCAGCGAUUGAUCUGUGUUGGCCUUGAAAAAAUAAAAGAAACUACUUUUGAGGUAUCUAAAGCCGAAAAAAUGCUUCAAGAAAAGAGAAAUUUGCUCAGCACAAAGAAUGAACAAGCCAAGAAAAUGCUUAAUCAAAUGAUUCUGGAUCAGAAUGAGGCUGAGAGAAAGAAAGAAUUUUCUGAAGAUGCCCAAAUCGAGAUCAAGAAACAAGAGAAAGAAAUACAACUCCGUCAAGAAUUCGUGAUGAAGAACCUUGAAGAUGUCGAGCCUGCAGUUCUUGAGGCACAAAGAGGAGUUCAGAAUAUAAAGAAGCAACAUUUGACGGAAAUUAGAAGUAUGACCAACCCGCCAGCUGCAGUGAAAAUGGCUAUGGAAUCUGUUUGUGUCUUAUUGGGAUACCAAGUCAACAGUUGGAGAGAAGUUCAAUUGAUCGUUCGGAAAGAUGACUUCAUCACAAAUAUCGUUAACUAUAAUAGCGAAGAGCAUCUCUCACCUGAAAUGAAAAGUUUCAUGGAAGAGCAAUAUCUAUCAAGAGAAGAUUACAAUUUUGAGGUUGUUAAUAGAGCAAGUCAAGCUUGUGGGCCAUUGGUCCAAUGGGUUAUUGCUCAACUUAAUUACUAUAGCAUUUUGGAGAAGAUCGAGCCAUUGCGAGAGGAGGUUUCGAUUUUGGAACAAUCAGCUACACAAUCACGGGCUCGGUUGAUUGCCAUCGCACAAAUGAUUGAGGAAUUGGAGGAAACCAUUGAAUCCUACAAGACUGAGUACAGCGAACUUAUCGGGCAAGUUGAGUGCACUAAGAUCGAAUUGAGUCAGAUUGAACAGAAAGUAGACAGAAGCAAGCAGUUAAUCUCGAGCUUGACUGUUGAAAGAACCAGAUGGCAGGAAAAUGUACACGUUUUCACUCUGGCUAGGAAUCAGUUGGCAGGCAAUUGUAUCUUAGGUGCUGCGUUUGCUGCCUAUUGCGGUGGCCUAUCCCAGAAAUGUAGGGAACAGGUAACGCUGCUGUGGAAGAUCAUAUUGAAAGAACUUGGCAUCAUGUUUGACUCAGCUUUGUUGAUUCCCUCGAUGCUCACGUCACGCACCCUGAAUGUGAAUGUUGAAGAUGAAUUUUUGCUUGAAAAUUUAGCAAUCAAAGCUUGGAAUUCUCUUCCACUUGUGGUGGACCCAUCAGGCUCGUAUGAAGAGUAUGUGAAUUCCAACGAAAAUGACAUUGGCUGUGAGUCUGUGAGUUUCGUUGACAAUUCUCUAGGAAGAGUCAUCGAGGAUACGCUCAAAUUCGGAGGUAGCUUAAUGCUUCGAAAUGUUGAAUGCUAUAAUCCUUUGCUCAAUCCAUUGAUUCAAAAUGACAUUUCCUAUAAAGGCGGGCACAAAAGCAUCGAUCUCGGAAACAACACAAUAAUGAUCCUGGGUGACUAUUCGAUUGUUUUUCACUCUCGAGAUGAUCGUUGUAUUUUUGAUGCAUUUUUGGAGUCAAGAGUCACAUUGUUGAAUUUCGGGAUCACUGAGGGUGGUUUAGAAAACUCUGUUCUCAAUAUAGCACUUCUGAGUUCAAACCCAGACCUAUUCAAAAGAAGAUCAGAGUUAAUAAAGAUCCAAGGUGAGUACAAUCAAACAACUAUUCAACUCAGAACCACUCUCCUUUCUGUUCUCAAUGAUUGUCGUGGAACAAUGAUCGAUAACGAUUCUGUCAUUAACCUGCUCGAGGACAUUAAAGUCGAAACCGACUUGGUCGACUCAUCAAUGGAAAGAGCCAGUCAAACAUUGCUUGAGGUAGACACUACCAGAGGAAAAUUCCACGAUGUUGCCGUUCAUGUCCGACGUAUUUACAUGAUUCUUGUUAAUUUGUCUCAGCAGGAAAGGAUCUACAAUUUUACUUUGUCACAAGUUUUGGAUACUUUCCAUGAAACUUUGAGCGACCUUGGCACUAACUUCGAGACCGGAGCGCUUGUGAAGCUGCUCUACAUCAAGGCGUUCAAGAAAUUUGCUCCAUCGUUCAAGAGGCUUGAUAGGUUAUCGUUUGCUCUCAAGUUGUCUUCUAAUCUAUUCUCAUAUCACCACGAUAUCACUUCUGAAUGUGCGAUAACCCUAAUAUUAACAUUCGGGAAUGAAUCAUGGGAAGAAUCUGCAUUGGUAGAGAUUCUCAAUCGUCUACUUGAGCCUUCCUCUGAGUUUAAGAUCUCAACAUUGGCUCUGGUACUCCAAGACGAUUUCGAUAAUGAGAUGAUUGGAAUUCUCAAACCACUCAUGGCAGAGUCUAUGACUAGUCCCUCCAGAUUGUCUUUGCAAUCUUUGGCCGACCUACUGUCACAUAUUCUCGGAGUGAGUCAGCCAAUUAGCCUCGAUUGGAUUCAUAUAUUUGAGCAUGAACACAGGGUUAAGAAUCGGCCAGUGCUAUUCUGCACAUCAAGGGGAUACGAUGUGUCAUAUAGGGUGCGGGCUGCUGCCAAAUCUAUGCAUCGGACCUUAGUAGAAGUUGCAAUGGGAUCGAGAGAAAGCGUCAACGCUGCAGUGAAGGCAAUUGAUCGUGCUGGAAUAAACGGUUCAUGGGUCCUUCUUCAAAAUAUUCAAAUGACGCCUCUCUGGCUCACCGAGUUGGAAAUGCAAUUGCUGAAGUUGAAUGCGCAUGACGGGUUUAAAUUGUACUUAACGAGUUCUUUCGACUCAAAUGAGAUUCCGAAUGGGCUCAUUCAAAUGUCGACUGUUAUUUCGGUAGAAGAGCAGCCUGGCUUCAGAACUAUCGUUCGUGAAACUUUUGAAGAUAUUUCGAAGAAUUCUAAUUCCGAGUUGCAGAAUUAUGUCCAUUUGCUCCUAAGCAUCUUUUACGCUACUAUUCAGGAAAGGAUGAAGUAUGUUCCCCUUUCAUUCUCACAACAAUACGAUAUAAAUGAUGCAGAUGCAGAUGCAGCCGCUUUCUUCAUAUCUAAGGUUUUCGAAGAAAUUACCGAUGCCAAUACAAUAUCAAUCCCUUGGCCAGAAAUUGCGUUCCGUGUGGGCCAGAUUAUAUUUGGAGGCAAGAUGAGUGUUGCCGCAGAUGCCGAGUAUUGCGCUAGUCUCGCCAACGCUCUCUUCAAUCCCAAAUCGGUCGAAAGUGAAUUCAAUUUGAUCAGCAAUUCAUUAUCGAAGGGAUCUGGUUUGAUGCUACUCAAACCUGAAGACUUGUCUAGCAAUGGAAUAAAGAUUUGGAUUGAAUCUUUGCCUGAUCCAAUUCCAUUGGCCUAUAUUGAGAUUAAAGAAGAAACGGUAACAGCGUUGCAAAGCCGGGACGUCGAUACUGUCACCCAAAAGAUGCUUUUAUUGAAGGAUUGA